GUUUACGGGUUCAUUGAAGAGAAGCAUUCAUCUGCUGCAGUUGGCACUAAAAAACAAAAAAUAAAGUUUGCAUGGCGGCAUUUAGCAAUUGCGGGAAACGCACGUGGGAAUGUUUACAGCCGGCAUCCUCUGUCAGCUGACUGGAGGGCAGAAAGGGUGGAAACAACUGAAGAUGAUUUUGUUAUCUGAAAGAGGGUGAGGCAGAAAAAGUUUUCCAUAAUGUCAGAUGCAGAGAAACUGAGUAGCAGCUUUGUUUCCACAGUCGGGGAUGACAGCAUAUUUAAUCCAGAGCCCCAGGGGAAAUUAAAGGACUGCUUGCUGCAGCUGUGUUCUGAAGCAAGAGAACUGUACUUAAAUAAUGAAGUUCCCAUCUUGGAUAUCGUCCCAACUCCAUUGCAAUUCUACCGAGACUGGGUUUCUGCAAACAAGCCAGUAAUCAUUAAAGGAGCUGUGAAACACUGGCCAGCAAUUAAGAAGUGGUCUUUUGAUUACCUGAGGAAAAAAAUUGGCGAGAAGAGAGUUAGUGUUGCAGUGACACCCAAUGGUUAUGCAGACGCUCCAAACAAAGGGUAUUUUGUGAUGCCAGAAGAACGAUUCAUGUUAUUUGCUGACUUCCUAAACAUUAUGGAAAAACCAGAUAGCCAGCCAGGGUUAAUACUAGAUGUGUACACAUCUGUUAUGCUGUACUUGCACAAGGAUCACUAUGAGAACAUCUACUGUGUAGUGUCAGGCUACAAAGACUUUGUUCUCCUGCCACCAUCUGAUAUUGCCUGGGUGCCUUACAAGAAAUAUCCCGCAGCAACCUAUAAGGAAGUGCAGCCUGGAGAGUUUAUCAUCCAAGAAGACACUGAGACAGGAUCUGUGCCUUGGAUUUGCAUUGACCCAUUAAGACCAGAUCUUGAAAAAUAUCCUCAAUACAAGCAUGCUAGUCCAGUUUUUUGCAGAGUUCAUGCGGGAGAUGCUCUAUUUCUGCCCUCUCUCUGGUUCCAUCAUGUUAGGCAAUCACAUGCCUGUAUAGCUGUAAAUUAUUGGUAUGAUAUGGAAUAUGAUAUAAGGUAUAAUUAUUAUAAAUUCAUCCAGAGCCUUACGUGGGCUGAGGAACCCGAAUAAAAGUGAUUACUGUGUUUAUACUAUUGCUGAGCAUAUUGAUGAUAAAUACUCCCAACUUGAAAUCUACAAUGACUGAUUUGUAACUGAUUUUGAAAGAAAUUCAUAUGCUAUAGCUCUCUUUACAGAACUGUAUUUAUAAUCCUAAUAAUUUUAGCAAGAACAUUAUUGAUUGAUAUAUAUAUUGGAAUUUAUAAAAUAUAUAUAAAAUAGAUUGACAUUU